CAGAGCAAGUGCAUCUUCUGCGCUGAAGGGGACGGCAAACUGAUAGUGAACACGUAGCGCAGCACGGGGUGCUGAGUCCCCGUCAAUCAGACUCAGAUUCAACAGACAGCGGCGGAGGCGGACACAUUAGCGGCGACGAGGGGGAUGGUCACUCAGUGACGUCACCUACACCGCCGCCCAGGACGCCCGUCCAAUUGAACCCGGCCACCCUGCCGCCCAACAUGACCUCGGUGGACGUGGCCUUGGCCUUGAGCGCGCUCACUGGCGGGGGUGCGGGUCAGAGGACGCCGCCAGGAGCGUCCCAUUUGCCUUUUUACGCGCCUAGUAUGCUCACGCCCAGCUGGUACCUUGCCAAUGUAGCCCGUCAGUUUCAAGCCACCCCUCCCUCAGCCGAUGUCAUAGACAAAAAUUGCGGUAGCGGAGAACAACCUCUGGAUCUCAGCAAAGGGUCCAGCAAUACCACAGCAAACAACCUAUCGUCGUCGGAACCCAAAUCGAGCAUUGUCAACAAUGUCCGGAUACCGACGCUGGACCCCAAACAGAUAUUCAAUUCUGAUUUCAGAGCCAAGCCCCGAAUAUCAACCGUGGCGGGCCGUCGCACCUACACGGAAGACGAACUGCAGGCCGCCCUCAGGGACAUCCAAUCAGGCAAACUGGGCACGAGAAGGGCGGCGGUCAUUUACGGCAUCCCCCGGUCCACCUUGAGGAACAAAGUGUACAAACUGGCCCUGGAACGGGAACGGGAGUCCCAUCUGUCCACGACGCCGCUGAAACUGGACGAGGACGAGACGAUGGACGACGACAAGGAAUUGUCGGGUGCCGAAGAAGAAAAGGAGGUGGAAAAGGCCUUGCAGGCAAAGUUGUUUCAGGCGCCUCUCCUGUCCAUGGCCGAUAUCCUGCGGUUUUCUGGCAUGGAUCAUCCUCCCGACGCCUUAAAGAUAUUCCUUCAAAAGGCGAAAGAGAGUCAGGACACGCAGAGUGAGAUCAUUCAGUACCUUCAGGUACGAAAUGUUUAUUUCCAGGCCCUUCUUGCACCUCAGAACUUACUAACCAAUCAGAAACAAUCGGACGGGACUAUGCCCAAUCAGAUUCCUGAAUUUGCGAAAAGACUGAGUGAAGACCACGUCAAAAUGCAAAAUAACAACGGCGAAGCUGAAAGGCUUACGAGGCCUAGCCCGUCAAACUCAGUUAUCACAAAGGUCGAAAAACCUCGAUCGGAGUCAUCUGACGUAGACACAGAAGAAUCCACCUCGAAUGUGAUACUAAAAAUUCCGUCCUUUAAGCCGACGUCGAGCAAAAACGGCUGCGACAUUUUCCGCACCAACUCCCUGGAAAGUUCAAACCGACUGGUGUCGCCCCCCCUCACCACAGCCAGUGAAUCCAACUCCCCUCCCAUCCUGCCGGGCAAAGGACUGCUCAUAAAGGAUGUCAUCUCACACAGCAUAAGCCAAAAGUUCCAGCAGAAUUUGGACCAUCCGCCGGUACGACGACCGCCGCCCAUGUCCAUGGACAUCGAUUUUAAGAGGGGCGGAUUUACGCCACCCCUAAGCGGGCUGCCGUCCGUUAUAAAAGUUCAGCAAGAGGCCAGUAGAUCUUACCAGCAACCGCCAUCACAUCCACCCCCGCCACACCAGACGAAGCCUCCAGGGCCUGGUGGACAACCAACUGGGGGUAAAGGAACUAGACCUAAACGUGGAAAAUACAGAAACUAUGACCGAGACAGUUUAGUGGAAGCGGUCAGAGCCGUGCAAAGAGGAGAAAUGUCAGUUCAUAGGGCGGGAAGUUAUUAUGGAGUUCCUCAUUCCACACUCGAAUACAAAGUUAAGGAGCGCCAUUUGAUGAGACCGAGGAAAAGAGAUCCAAAACCCAAUCCCGUCGACGAGAAAAUUGCUAGUUUAAAACAGAACGAUCUCAAAAUAGCUCAGGAGAAGCUAAAACAAAACGCCAUCAAACCCACUCAACAAAAAUUCCCUCCCACGUCUCCUAACGGUAUCAAACUGCCCAUUUUCGAAGCGACAGCCGCCGGGCUUACACCGGCGGCGGCGGCAGCAGCCGGUUUGGGCAGUUACCCCCACCCCUUCUCCUUCUGGCCCCAUCCGGGUUUCCCCCCUAAUCCCAUCGAAUAUGUAGCAGCCGCCGCGGCUGCCAGAACUCCCGCAUCACCUUUUCUUACCACCAAUCCAGAAAUAUUCGCCUCCCAAAUGAUACAGAAACUCCAGGAGGAGACUUCUAGGACGUUGGGCACGCCGUCGCCUCAGGGAAGUACCGCAGCGUUAGCUAAAAGUACUAGACAGAUGGCGGAAUCGCUAUUAGACGGAUCUGGAUCAAAUGGAUCGUUUUUGGACGGAAUCAUACGAUCCAGUCUGGAAUCAGGCGUCCAAUCAUCAGACAGCAAAUGUUUAAAGGAAGGGAAAAACAUCACUCCUGAGAAAAUGUCGAAUAGGGCACUACUAGAUCAGCUGUGCAGGAAUAGUCGGUUGACACCACUAACCAAACCAGACGUUUCGGAAACUAAUAGUUCGGAGGACGAGUCUUAUAGAAAAGGUUCUAGUCCUCUGAACUUCUCAACAGCCAACAACCAAGACGAUAAACAUCGAUCGUCGCCACACCCAAUAAACAAGAGCAACAACCAUCAUCACCAGCACCAACCGAACUCGGAUGUGCACACCAUCGAACUGUCGAACGAUUCCAACGAGGACGCUACGACGGAACGGAAGCAGAGUCAGGAAGAUGGCACUCCCGAAAGGAAGCAUCCUCGUAUCUAUUUGAAACAAGAACUAGCCAAACCGGAAAAUCUCAAGCCGGAAAUGCUGGUGCGUUUUCGUGAAAUCCUUCCCGAAAGAAACGGUGGAGGAUUGGCUACGGAGUGUACGGCGAGAAGCAGUGCCUCAGAUAACGACGCACCACAAGACUGACAUCUAGCUUUUCUAAUGGAGAGAAAUUUUUAUUAAAAGAAAUUUUUUAAACGUCGCUCGAAAUUGCGGCUCCAUCGCCAGCGAGGACGAGCGAAAGCCUGGUUGUAAGUUCAACAUUAAAAAUAACCUCGAAAUGACGUGUUUGUUGAUAUUCAUUGUUUCUUUUUCUUUACGUUCAUUAAUUCCAUGUAGAAUAGGUAGUCGAAGAGCAUCAAAGCAGACUUUUAUUAUUAUUAGGUGUUUCGACUAUAAAAAUUAUAUAUACUCUUUAAAUUCUAUCAUUGGCCGUAAACAAUUUGACAGAUAGUUUUUUUACAAUUGACUGAUUUAGAAGUUUAUUAAAAAAUUGUAAGGCACUGUAAUAUACGCAUCUAACAUGUUCGACAAGUUAUGUUUUGAAAACAGUUUUUAUAAAUCUAUACAAACCUAUACAUAUACAGGGUGCUACAAAUUCGAGGUACAAGCAUUGGUAU